CAAACAAAAUAGCCAACACAAUCAAAACUCCUCAAGUUUUAAAGGGUAGAGGGGAGUAUAACUGUGCAAGGACCCUCAAAUCCCGGAAAAAAAUAAACACCCCCAAAAAAAUCAUAAGAAAAGUCUCCUUUGUUUCUCUUUUAAUAUUUCCCUUUAUUUUUAUAGAAAUAGUAUCCCAUAAUAAAAAGCUGAAAAGGAGCACCAACAAGAUCCACCUCGAACACCCCUCCUCCACCACCCACCACCCCUUCUCCGUAUUUUUUCUCUCUCCUCCAUAACCAACAGCUCAAACAAGCAUUUUUAUUGAGAUUAUUUCUUGUUACCAUUCUAUAAAGAGAGAUAAUUACAUGGAAUUAUCUCAAUUGUCUUAUUUCUUCAAUUAUUAUUCUUAAUAAAACCCCACUAAUCUUCACUUGUACUAGUAUAUCCACAAAUUUUUUUUCCCACCAAAAUUGAAAUUGAGCCAUACCCAUUUGAGAAAGUACACUAAUUUUGUUGGGUAUUUGUUCAAUUUGUGUAAGAGUGUACAAAUUGUACCAAAAAAAAAAAAAAGAAAAAAAAAAGACUUACAUAUAAGAGUGGAAAAAUUAAAAAAAAAAUAUGAGGGAAGAAGACUCAAAUUGGUUUUCAAGGUGGGAUGAGGAUCUUCCAUCCCCUGAUGAGCUAAUUUCUAUAUCUCAAACGCUGAUUACCCCCGAUCUUGCCUCGGCUUUCGAUAUCCACAGCCCCCGGAGCAACGGGAACACCCCUAUAUCCAUCCUUCACCACCAUUCGGCGUCGUCGCCGCAGCUGCUAAGUCAUUACCAUCACCAUGGACAGCAGCAGCAGAGCAGCUCAGCGCCCCAACAGCCCCCUCCCCAGCCCAAUUCAUCUGAGUUUGACUCAUCCUCAGCCGAGUUGGGCGGGGGUGGUGGUGGUGGAGGCGGCGGGGCCACUUCAGGGGGUGGGGCCGACGAGCCAGCGAGGACCCUGAAGAGGCCCCGCCUCGUGUGGACCCCACAGCUCCACAAGAGAUUCGUGGAUGCUGUGGCCCACUUGGGUAUCAAGAAUGCUGUACCCAAGACUAUAAUGCAGCUGAUGAGCGUGGAUGGGCUGACGAGGGAGAAUGUUGCCAGUCAUCUUCAGAAAUAUCGCCUUUAUCUGAAAAGGAUGCAAGGGCUCAACAAUGGUGGAGGAGGCGGAGGUGGAGGUGUUGCUGGUGGGCCUAACGGUGGUCUUACAGGAUCAGGUGACGCUGCCACAGAUCAUUUGUUCGCCAGCUCACCAGUGCCAGCCCAUUUCUUACACCAGAAUGGACCCGGAGGAGGUGGUGGCGGGAGGCCCAAUUCAGACCAUUUUAUGCCUUAUAUGCCUGUGGCGGCUCUCAACCACCAUCAGAUGGCAGCAGCAGUGGCAGGCCACCAGCAGAUUCAAGCCCAAUACCAACAUCAUCAUCACAGGCAGAUGGGCCAUUUCGGGUCUGCCCAAGGUAAUGGGCAGUUUGACCACCCAUUUUUAUCAAGGCAAGCCCAUUUGGGCCCAACCAGGAAUGGGAUGAUGCAGAGUAAUUCUGGGUUUGUGGAAGAUGUGGAGUCUGGUACAGCCAACAAUGGUGGCAGGAAAGUCCUCACUCUCUUUCCUACUGGGGAGGAUUAGUAAAAAAAAAUUGAAAAAAUAAAAAUAAUUAUGAUAAACAUUUCAUCAAUUGCAAAAAAAAAUAAAAAUUGGAUCAUAAUUCCUAUGAUUAACUUGGGAUUAUUUGUUGGAUUCUAGUUAAUUAAUUGCCAAUUAGUGUUUGGUGAUGGGUAAUUUAGUCCCAUUUUAGAUAGGGUGUUGUGUUAAUUCUGGCUUCUUUGGACAUAAUUAAGCUUCUAUUAUGAUUAUAAUUAUUAUUAUUAUUAAUCAAGGUGUAAUUAAGGAAAGGUUAUCCUAUCCUAUAGAGGUGUUAAAUCAUUUUCACAUUCUCUUUUUAUUAGGCUUUUUCUAGUGAUCGACUGAGUAACUUGAUCAUGAUGUUACUUUUGGAGGCAACCUGCAAUCAUACAUCUUGUUGUUUUUGAGUAUGUGAUCAUGUCCUCAUUAUAGAUACUUCAAUGAGUUCAAUCAAGAUCAUGUCUUGGAUCAUCAUGGUUCCAAUAGUUGGACCGCGGCCACAAAAUCGCCUUUUUCCGGUAAUGCCAGGGAAAAAAGCGCCUCCAACCUCGGCCACCCCUUCGUCGUUCAACUGGGGCCUUCAUCUAGUGAUCCCCUGUAACAGUUCAAGUGUAGUUUUUAUUUUUAUUUUUAUUGGGUUCUUCCUUGUUGUAAAUUGUGUCAUUCCAUAUAUUAAAAAGCCUCUGAUUUUCAUGA